AUGCUCUCCAAACUCGUCUAUUAUGCCACUAGAUUAUGGGAAUAUGAAUAUAGGGAAAAGUUUUCAGAUUUCAUGAGAGAAUUAAUAUUACACAAAGUUUCCAAAAUAACCAUGCAUGAGAAACAGGAACGCUUCAAUUACGGUGUUCUUUCAACCAUUCUUGAUGAAGAUCUUUCUACCAUCAGUGGAGCUAAAUACGUCUUGUCAGAGUCGUACUCUCAUAUUGGAUAUUUAUUGAUGAGCUUCUUUACCAUGGCGUAUACAGUAGGAUUCUUUGCCUCGUCUUGUUCCUUUCUAUUUCUCUUACUGAGUGCUCCUGUGUAUAUUUAUUUCAUUCAAAAGCAAGAACGUAUACGAAAAGAGAAUCUUGAAAUUUCAGAUGAAAAAUCAUCCUUACUUUCUCAAUUUAUUCAUGCCAUGAAACUCAUCAAAGUAUUCGCCAUUGAAAAUGUUUUCCUUUCCAAAUUCGACAAGAUUGAAGCAAAAAUCAGAAAGAACACCCACAGGAAUAGUUGGGCUGACUUUUUUAUUGAUUCCAUCUAUUAUCUGCAAUCAUUCAUGAUAUCUUCGGUUUGCUUUUUUGUGUAUGCCUAUAUUGAAGGAAAACCCAUUACUCUUGGGUUGGCUUUAACUGUGAGCUCAUUGUCGGAUUAUUUAAGAUGGCCAUUCUACAGCUUGUCUUCUGAUUUGAGACAUGUUUCACAAAUGAGAGUUGCUUGUCGAAGAAUUGCUCAUCUUCUCAUGUGUAAAGAACAGGAAUAUCACACUGAAUACACAACAGAUUCUGGAGUCCUCGUGGACAUGCAAGGUGUGAGUACCAAAUGGAACGUGGAACGUUUGUGCACGAACAAGGAAGAUGAUUCGAUCAUUCGAAAUAUUUCAUUAAAAAUUCAUGAAGGAGAACACAUUGCAUUGAUCGCAAAGGUUGGAAUGGGAAAGUCAACACUGUUAUACACCAUUUUGAACGAAACGAACAUCACUCAAGGUAAUAUUCGAAUUAAGAAAGGACUUUCUAUUGGAUUUGUUUCACAGAAUGCAUGGAUACGAAAUGGUACCAUACGAGAUAAUGUUAUCUUUUGUUCCAACAAGAGUCAUUUCAAUAAGGAAAAAUAUGAACAAGCAUUGUGGGCUUCAGAUUUUGCUAUUGAUGUCGAACAAAUGGAAAACAAAGAUGAACAGAUUAUUGGAGAAAGAGGAAUCAAUCUGAGAGGUGGACAGAAAAUUCGGCUCUCUUUGGCGCGAGCUCUCUAUCAUGAUUGUGAUUUGUAUUUAUUGGAUGACAUUUUCUCAGCUGUCGAUAUUCACACGUCAAGUAAUAUUGUGGAGAGACUUUUUCUGAAUGAAAAUUCCUUAUUGAAGAAGAAGAGUGUACUGCUAGUGACACAUCAAUUGCACCUAUUAGAGAGGAUGGAUCGUACGUUUGUGAUGAAUAAGGGUGAGAUUGUACAACAAGGAUCAUAUCAUGAAUUAAUGGAUUCAGAAAAUAUUUCUGAGACAUUGAGAGAUUUGCUCUCUUCCACCUAUAAUGUUCAAGAGGAGACAAAAUCCAUAUUCAGAACAUCCCAAAAUUUAAAUAAUGAUACUGAUGAUGAAACUGAUGAGGAGGAGGAAAUGAGUGACAAUGAGUCUCCUGCUAUUGAUUCACAGACCGAUGAGGUCAAAGAAGACCCAAAAAUCUCACAAAUUAUUGAAUUCAUGAUGUCUCUCGGAAAGAAGAGCACCAUCUUUUUAGCAGUUGUGAUAACUCUGGGGUUGAUUGAACAAUUUGCUCCAGUCUUUAAAGACUAUACUCUUUCAUAUUGGACUCUUGAUGAACAAUAUGAAAAGCAUUCAUUAGGAUUUUAUUUAACCAUGUACAAUUGGGAGGAUUUUGUGAAAUGA